UUUACCGCUCUAAAAUUGAAAGAGGUGAACAGUGGUUGAUGUUGACCUGACCUCCCUUCCUCAGCUUUUCCUACCAGAGAAAGAGAAGAAGGAAAGGAAGAAACUCUCCCCCUUCGUCCUCAGUAUUCAAGCUUUCGAUUCUUGGGGUUUAUGGCUUCCAGAUAUUAUUUCCUUUCUUCUUCUUCUUCUACAUCUUCCGUCAUCAUCACCCUCUACAAUCCGUUCGCUGCACCUGUUGUUCCUCGAUCGCCAUUAAACUUCUUCAAUCAUGUCUUCUCAAUCGAUGCCCUUGCCCUCCGGGAACGACGCUCCCCUCUCACUGUUCCCUAAUAGGUAAUCUAUUUUGCUCUCAAUUUCUAUCUUCGACUUUUUCUUUGAGUUUAUUCGUCUUCAGGUUUCGCAGUUAACUAUAUUCCCAUUCCUGGUGGUGCUAGAAUUCUUUUUCAAUUAUAUUUUACCCUUUUUCAGCAGGCCAUCCUACAAGUUAUUAGAAACCAAAGCCAAACCAGAAAGCUGUUCGUUCCCUUUGUCUUAACUUUUUUUUGUUCUCUGUAGUUCUGCUUUUAGAUUUCGCAGUGUCUUUUAGCUUCUAAAUUAUUCUGGGCGCUUUUUUCUUUUACUGAAAGAACUAAGAUGAGCGCGUCCACUAGUGAAAGCCCUGUACCUGGCAAUAGGGCUAAAGCUAAAAGCACACUGGGUUGGAUGGCUUUUGACCUUAAGCAAAGACGGAAGCAGCAAGGUCUUGAAUCUGACAAUGAUUAUGAGGCUUAUCCAUCAUUAUCAGGACCGACUGCCCCCCAAAAUAAAAAUCAAACACUAUUAAGGAAGCCCUUUUCAUCUGUAGUUGCAGCUUCAACGGAUUUUCCUUCUGUAAUAGAAACCAAAAAUAGGAACUUGCAAAGGCGAGGACCAGUUAGCAACUCUUGUCUUGGUACAGCUGAAAACGUCGGGAGAGAGGCCACCGCUGAAGCUUAUCGGAAGCUUAACCAUCUCCAUCCUUGGGCAGACGAAAGCUUGAUUCAGGAUGUCUUGGCUGGUGUAGACAGCAAUACUGAAGAGGCGUUAUCUUUACUGGAAGGAAUGCUUAUUUCUGAGAAUAAAGAUGCCAAGAACACAGAAGUCAAGUCAAAUGGGAAUGACUUUGAAUCCUUUCACAUCCAAGGUGCUUCUUUAGGAGAAAAGGCAGAUAUGAGCUGCAUUAGCAUUGAUCCAUUCAGCAACAGUAAUAAAGAAUCCAGGGAUGAGGCGUCUCUGGCGCUGUUACUGGAUGCUGCCAAGUCUUUACCGAUUGAACCUGAGCCUGACUGGGAAGAGGAUGAUGUUUAUCUAAUCCAUCGAAAAGAUGCAAUAAGGUUGAUAAGAUCAGCAUCUCGUCAUUCUAAGGCCGCAAAUGAUGCGUACAUGAGAGGCGAUCAUAUAUCUGCGCACAGUUUCUCAGUUAAAGCUCAAGAAGAAUGGAGCGCUGCUAAGAAACUUAAUGCCAAGGCAGCCAAGGAAAUUCUGACUGUCAGGAACUCUAAAAAUGAUUUAUGGACAUUGGAUUUGCAUGGUCUGCAUGCAGGGGAAGCAGUUGAAGCAUUGCGUGAACGUCUACGAACUGUUGAAUCAGAAGCGUCAUCAAAUUGCUUAGCCACACUGAAUGGAUCCCACAAGGAAUCAGGCUUGUUGCUUGCUGAAACGAUGCUAUCUACAACUUACGAUAAGAUAGAAAAGUUUGGGAGGCUGCACCCCUCAUCUAGGCUGAGGCCAAAAUCAUUGCAAGUCAUAACAGGUAAGGGUAAUCACAGCCGGGGAGCAGCUGCACUUCCAUCAGCUAUCAGCAACUUUCUCUCUGAGAAUGGGUACCAUUUUGAUGAGACUAGGCCUGGGGUGAUCAUGAUAAGGCCCAAGUUCCGACAACAGUGAACUACAAGAGUUGCUAAUUGCAGGAAUUUAGUUCGACAGCUGUACAAUGUUCUUGUGUAUAAAUUAUACUAACUUUGAUGUACUUGAGGUGGUGGUAAUUUUUGGCCUUGAGGCCUUUUUUUUUGGAUUAUUUUGUUGAAAUUAUCCUGCUAGAACAGCUAUUUCAGGAUCAUAAUAGUUAAUUUUAUAGUCCAUUUUCCAUCUAAAAGUGAUUGAUAUUUGCUAGCCAUCUAUAUAAAGUAGCUUUUUUA